AUGGCGCGCAUGCGCGAGCAGAACGAGAAGAUCAAGCAGCGUCGCGCGGACGUACAGGCCGACGAGGCCGCGUUCAAGAAGACGCAGGAGGCAGAGCAGCAGCAGCGCGCACGCAUCAAGAAGGUCCAGGAGAAUGUUGAUCGUUCACGGGAAGCGAACGCGGCGCGCAAGAUGGCCAAGGUGCAAAACCGCGAGUGGGAUGCGGACAAGCGCGGGGGACCCAAGGCUCGAGGAGGUGGACCUCAGAAGGAUGCGCCUGGCAGCCCAGCGGCCGAGGGUGCUUCCGCGACUCCAGCAGAGGACACUCCGGGUUCCCCGGAAAAUGCUCCAAGUGAGGCGUCGGGUGCGGACUCGGACAGGUGGGCUCGCGGGCGCGGCGCGCCCGGGGGCCGUGCUCGUGGAGGUCGUGGUUCCUCUACCCUGAAGGCCACCAAAGUUGGAGGAUCCGUUCACGCUAUGGUAUUGGACAGCUCUACCAAGUCUCGUAAAAUUCUAAGGCAAAACAGUCGAGAAAAUGCCCAGAUUCUGAAAGUGUUGCAAACCCCGUUAAGGGUUGUCAUCAUGCUACAGAACCUCAUUAAGCGCGACCCCGCAGCGUACAAGGAGGAAUUCCUUCAGCAGUGGAACCACUACAACUCCGUACGCCAGAUCUUCGACAUCAACCCUGAUGAGCACGCCCAGCACUUGCGCGAGCUCGUCAGCUUCAUCGCGCAAGUAGCGACCUGUUACCCAAAGGAGACGGCAGAGUUCCCCCAGCAGAUUGCGAUGCUGCUACUUGAGAGCUAUGGCUCUUUGGCGCCCGAGAUCAGGAAGACGCUUGUGCAGAACCUAGUUAUGCUCAGGAAUAAGGGUGUCAUCACGUCGAUCGAGCUGCUGAAGACUCUCUUCCCCCUUCUCCCCCGCACGACCUCGUCGACGCUACGCGCGUUCAUCCGCAAGACGAUCCUGGCGGACAUCCGAUCGGCGAACCUGCGCUCGAAGAACCACAAGCUCAAUCGCGCGGUCCAAGCUAUGCUCUUCGGCAUGGUCGAGCGCGGCAUGGACGGCGAGGUGCUGGGCGAUCGGGGAAAGCUGCGCGCCGCCGCGGGACCCACCGCUGAACGCUCUGCGCACAACGGGGACGAGGCCAUGUGGGCUGUCGUGCUGACGAAGGAGCUCUGGAAGAAAGGCAUCUGGAACGACACCAAGACCGUCUCCAUCGUCGCCCUUGGCUGCUUCCACCCCGUCAUGAAGGUCCAGAGCGCCUCUGUGCACUUCUUCCUCGGCAGCGACGACGAAGACGAGGACUCCGACGACGAGGACGCCAUCCCCGACAUCAAGUCCCUCCAGCACCAGCGCGAGAUUAAAAAGAAGACGCGCAGCAUCGACCGCAAGCUCGAAAAGCAGGCCAAAAAGGCGAAGAAAAAGCGGCAGCAGAAGAGUAACGCCACGUCGACGAACUUCCCUGCGCUGCAGCUGCUCAAUGACCCGCAGAGCUUCGCGGAGAAGCUGUACGACAACUUGAACCGCUACGACAAACGCUUCUCGCUCGAGCACAAGCUGUUGCUUAUGCAGUUGCUAUCGAGGGUCGCGGGAUACCACAAGCUCUGCGUGCUGGGCUUCUACACGUACAUUGUGCGCUACCUCACCCACAAACAACUUCGCGUGCCCGCCAUCCUCGUAGCGCUCGCACAGAGCGUGCACUCGUUGACGCCACCCGACGCACUGUUGCCGGUCGUACGCAAAAUUGCGGACGAGUUCGUGCACCCGGGUGUCGCGAGCGAGGUCAUCGCGGCGGGCUUGAACUCCAUCAGGGAGGUGUGCAGGCGGCAGCCGUGGGCCAUGGAGGAGGAUCUGUUGGGCGACUUGGUGGAGUAUAGGAAGAGCAGAGAUAAGGCAGUUACUGCAGCAGCCAGAGGUGUGCUGCAGCUGUAUCGGGAGGUGAAUCCGAGUAUGCUGCAGAGGCGAGAGAGGGGCAAAACUGCUGCCAUGGGGCUUGCAGAAGGCUCGCAACCCUUGCCCUUCGGUCACACUGCUGACGCGGCGGUCGACAUUGAGGGUCUUGCUCUUCUUGAAGACCAUCUACAAAAACUCCGGGAUGAAGAGAACGGCGACGUCAACACAGAGGACGCCGACGCGAAAGCCUGGGAGCAGUGGGAGGUCGCGUCGGACUCUGACUCGGAUUCGGACUCAGAUUCGUCUGGCUGGAUCAAUGUGGACAGCGACAAUGCUGAGGACAUCGUCGUCAGCGACAGUGAGGAUGAAGCAGAGGAGGCGGCUGCCAAGACCGCCGCUGCAGCCGAGUUGGAGGCAGCCGAGAACAGGAUAUCAACGCUGGCAACAACGAAGAUCCUCACCCCUGCCGACUUCGCCCUCCUCGCCGACCUCCGCGUCCAAGCCGCCACAAAAGCUGUCGAGGCCGGCGGCGGAACCAAGGCCAAACGCAAGCUCGCCGCCCUUGAAGCCGCGAAAAAGGCCGCCACCGAGGUCUCCACCGCCGAGGACACCUUCGUCUCCGAGAACGACAUUCUCGGGCCGCGCAAGCGCGCGAAGCAGGACUACGCGGAGCGCAUGGAGAGCAUCCAGCGCGGGCGCGAGGGCCGCGAGAAGUACGGGUCGCUCAAGGGGAAGAAGAACAAGGAGGCGCCGAGCAGCUCGACGAACCGGGAGAAGGCGCGCAAUAAGCCGAUCAUGAUGAUCAUGAGCAGUGGCGCGGUGAGGGGGAAGAAGAAGGCGAGCUUGAGGCAGAAGCAGCAGAAGUUGAGGGCGCAUAUCGAGAGGGGGAAGAAGGCGUAUCAUUGA